AUGGCUUUGCCGUAUCAGUGUCUCGUUGCACGGGCUGGGAAUGCCACAGACUCGGACGGCUGGACUCUGUUUGGUGCGAGCGGCUCCACGCUUGUCGUCCAGUCAAGCAAUGGGGCGAUAUCACUAUGGCCCAAGCGAGAUGCCCAUAUUAGAGACGACCAACCAGACGACUCCUCACAAGAGCCACCCGGAAAACGGGUCAAGUUGGAGCAGCCAAAAGAGCAAAAGCCUAACUUUACCAACCUGGUCCUAUCCAACAGUGGACAGCAUCUAGUCGGCGUAACCGGAGAAGACAAAUGCAUUCGAGUUUUCCAGGUUGAUUCGCAAAGUCAUCUACAACAACUAAGCGAGAGAUGCAUGUCAAGACGGCCUUGCUCGGUUGCUCUCACAUCUGACGACUCUACGAUUCUAUGUGCCGACAAGUUUGGAGAUGUGUACGCUCUACCACUACUCCUACCACCAGAGGAUGAUCGGUCUGAAACCCUGGUAGCUGAACAACUGGAGCCAAAGGAGAUCGACUACGUGCCUGCCGCAACUACCCUCACGGUUCACUCUGGAAGGAACAGAAAGACGCUGGAAGAGCAGCUGAAGCAGAAGGCCAAAGGCGUCCCAAAAUCCAAAGAGCCCAUGAAAUUCAAGCACGAACUGCUCCUCGGGCAUGUGUCUAUGCUCACAGACAUUGUCUAUACGAAGGUAGAUUCCCGUAGUUAUCUCAUCACAGCAGACCGAGACGAGCAUAUCCGGAUAUCAAGAGGUCAGCCUCAAGCACACAUCAUCGAAGGCUUCUGCUUUGGACACGAAGCAUUCGUGAGCAGGUUGUGCUUAACACGGCCUGGACUCCUUGUCUCUGGUGGCGGGGACGACCAGUUGUUCGUAUGGGACUGGCAGAACUAUCGCCUCAUUGACAAGCUUCUGAUUCGGGAUGUCGCUUUGAGUCAUCUUAUAUCUCGUUCAGUGGCCAAUGCCGCGGAAGCAGAUGAUGCGAAGUUCAAAGUCGCAGUUUCUGGAAUAUGGAACGUCCCGAGGAACAAUGGCGAGGCAAAUGAGAUCCUCGUGGCAUGCGAAGGUAUACCAGCGUUAUUCAGCUUUACGAUUGGAGCAGCAGCGACAGGAGGAACUGCGAUACCGCUUGGCGGCAAUGCACUAGAUGUUGCCUUCAUUCAGUCAUCCCCAGAUUCGUGUGUAGUGGUUGUUUCUAUCGACAAUAUCCACACACCAGGCUCGACGACGGAAGUCCGAGAUAAUGACAAGAACCCCCCACGGCUGCAGUGCUUCUCCAACCAGCAAAACGGACAAUGGCAGGAAGAUGCGAGCACACAGGCGCUCCUUGGAUGGUUCGAGAAUGAAGGCCUGGAAGUGAUUGUUGAGCGCGCAAGUGGUGGAGACGCGGCUGACAGCAAGUCCGGCAAUGGAACGCGUCUAGGGUCGGCAGAUGAUAAAGCAGUGCGAGACAUGCACUACUACCACGUGGAGAAUCUUAGGAAGCGCCCAGGUGCCGAGGAUUAGGUAGCGAAGCAGCAAGAUAGCGCGACAGGUGACAAAGAGCGAAACCUAGUAAUUACAACAAGUAACCAGCAGCGACUGAGUACCAAGAUGGGAGCUGACGUGUGAUGUGUGAGGCUCCAGAACUCGCAUCAAGCGUAAUCAGAUGGAGACAGGUCCC